CCUGGCGGUGGAGCGGGGCGGAGACCAGACUUCCUCUCGGGGGCGUUGGGCUUUCCACACCAGGCGGCUAAGACAUCAUCGAAAGGGAGAUGGCAGCGAACAUGCAAAAUUUGCCCGAAAACCUUCUGUUGGAUAUCUUGUCCCUGGUUCCAGCAAGCGACCUGAUUUGCAAUUGCCGGCUGAUCUGCUCUCAGUGGCGGGACUUGGUAGACCUGCCGGUUCUGUGGAAGCGCAAAUUCCAGAAAAGGGACAGCGACUCUUCUCCAAAGCCAUUGACUUUCUACAUUUUUUCCCGUCUAAAGAAGAAUUUAAUCAAGAACCCUGAUGGUCAAGAUGGCCUGGACUCCUGGGAAAUCCAUCCAGUUGCCGAGGGCCACUGGCAAAUUGAGGAAAUGUUCACAGGAGAGUCAAAAAGAUUCCGUUGGAAAAUCGACGAGCAUCAAAUCGUUUGGUUGGGGGAGAAUGAUGGAAAUGCUCCUGUUCAGGUCUACAAAUGCUUUGCUGCACGUAACGGGUCCUGCAGCAAGUCUCAGCUCAUCACCUUGAAGGAUGAAGGCUACUGGGAUGAACUGAUGGAUGAAGCCAGACCUAUAAUUUUCGUGAAGGACUGGUUUUCAGGUUUGCUUGAUUCACCCUAUAAACUGACCGUGAAGCUGUUGUCUGCAGACUCUGAAGUCCUUGAAGAAUAUCCAUAUAAAACAUAUGGUGUGACACGGUGGUUUCCGGUUUAUCACGCUAUUAACAACUACCCUCAAGGUGUCCGUCAUAUCCUCUUUGAACACAAAUGGCACAAGGAAGACGUGGUGACAACCUGUGCUGAAAUGAAGGUGUCACAAAGCAGCCUCACACUUCAUGCACCACCAACGCGAGAUUGGUAUGACGAUUAUACUUAGAUUACCCCGAUCCACCAGAGCAUUCCAGCAGCGAUGAAUCGCCUUAUGGGUUUUGUUACAGUGCAUCCAGUUUUCAUUGGUGGUACAACUGGUAAAAAGCCGCCCCCCCCCCCUUAGCGCCGUCAUACCUUCUCUCAUCUGCACAAAAUUUUGCACCCAGUUGUAACUUCGAUUUUGGGUGCUCUUUGCUUCUCUCAGCAGAUGCUCUGUUUCAACAUAUCUGUGAUCUAGAAGCAUGUCUGAAUAUGAAAACAAGGCAAGAGAUGGGCUGGCUGGGAGGCUGGUGAAAACCAACUCUUUUAUUUUUUAAGUGAGGUGGUUUUGGGAUAGCAAAGGGGUCUGCCCGCCCCGCCCCCCCAUUGCAUAGGGCACCUCACAACGAUGGGUGGCAACCUGAACUUCUUUUCUAUGGUUUAACCCUGCAGAUCAUGGCAUAGAUUGAUCUAAAAAGAGACCCCCUAUUUUAACCCUGUGUGUUGAACCAAAGGUGAAUGGUUCCAGAACCUCUGCUAAUGCCAUCUUAAAAUUGGGAAACACUUGCCUGCGAGUGCUUCACUUGGAAAU